AUAUAGGCAGUUGCAUGGGGCCUCCGUGGCCACUAGGGGGCCCCCUGCCGUGCGUAAAAAUUUAAUUUACUUGCUCGUUGUGUCAGUGUCAAUCAUCAUGUGCGUUAGCUUUAAACUGUGCGAAGCUUAAAAAUGAAAAGGCGGCACUAUCAGUCUGGCGCAGAUAAGAGGAAGAAGAGGAAAGAAGAUGAGAAAAGAAAAGAUCAAGAAAAGGGGAGACUUUUGAAAUAUUUUCUAAAGAAUGUACUUACAGCUGGUGAAAAUGCAGCAGCUACCUCCUCCUCACAUGACAGUCUUGGCCCUGUCUCAGCCUACAUUGGUCUUUUUUCCAUCUUAUCUGUUGCCUCCACCACAUCCUCCAGUGCAGCUGACAUUACCUGUUCCUCCAGUGCUGUUGCCUCCACCACAUCCUCCAGUGCAGCUGACAUUACUUCUUCCUCCAGUGCUGUUGCCUCCACCACAUCCUCCAGAGCAGCUGACAUUACCUUAACCUCCAGUGCUGUUGCCUCCACUACAUCCUCCAGUGCAGAUGACAUUACCUUAACCUACAGUGCUGUUGCCUCCACCACAUCCUCCAGUGCAAUCACAGAAGGAGCUUUCUGCUCUGCAAAUGUCUCAGCUGUUUCAAGAGAUCCAGCUGACUGGCCUGAGGUCUUGUCAGGUAAAGAGAGGGCUGGUUUAGUUAUUAGAGGACCAAGCGAUUUAAAUCCUAACUUUAAAUUUCCAAAAAGACAAGACGGAAGAAGCUUUCAUUUCCAUUACAAGUUUCGGCUCCUCACUAAUGGGGAAAAAAUCCAACGUACAUGGCUUGUUUACUCCAUGAAAAGUGAUGCUGUUUUUUGCUGGUGUUGCAAAUUGUUUUCAAAGGGCUCUUCAAAGCUAAUCACAGAGGGACAGCGUGAUUGGACUAAUAUUGGAGCAAUCCUUAAACAACAUGAAAACAGCCCUGCACACAUAAAAAGUGUGGUGUCAUGGAAAGAGCUUGAACUAGGUUUAAAAAAGGGACAAACAAUUGACCACACACAACUAACCCUCACAGAGGCUGAGAAGAGACGUUGGCGUGAGGUUCUCAUUCGACUGAUUGCAAUCAUUAAGUCUCUUGCAGAGCGAAACCUCGCUUUUCGGGGCUCUGAAGACAAAUUAAUGGUACCCAACAAUGGCAAUUUUUUAAAAGAGGUUGAGCUCAUGGCUAAGUUUGACCCUGUGUUAAGAGAGCAUAUCAGACUAGCUGACAAGCAAGGAAACCACACAACCUAUCUUGGCAAAACAAUACAAAAUGAACUAAUCUCCUGCAUCGGUGAUCAACUGGUCAAAACAAUGGUGGCUGGCAUUCAAGAGUCAAAGUAUUUUUCUAUCAUCUUAGACUGCACACCAGAUGUCAGCCACACAGAGCAAAUGUCUGUGGUGGCCAGAACUGUCAGUCUAGAAAAAGGGCCAGAGAUAAAGGAGUACUUUCUUGGGUUCUUAGAUGCUCCUGACUCCACCGGCGCUGGAUUGUCUUCUCUUAUCUUAAAAAGACUGGAGGAGCUUGGCAUACCAUUUAGUAAUUGCAGAGGCCAGUCUUAUGACAAUGGAGCCAACAUGAGGGGCAAAAAUAAAGGAGUGCAAGCUAGACUCCUUGAGAAAAAUCCACGGGCACUUUAUGUUCCUUGUGGAAGCCACACUCUUAAUUUAGUUGUUGCAGAUGCAGCUAAAGAGUCAAUAGUUGCAAUUAACUUCUUUGGAGUUGUACAGAAGCUGUUCACUCUCUUUGCAGCUGCACCGCAACGAUGGGCCAUUCUCAAAGAUCAUGCUGACAUCACUUUAAAAAGCUGGAGUGACACCAGAUGGGAAAGUCGGGUGAAAAGUAUUGAGCCGUUGCAGCACCAUCCAGAGAAGGUGAGGGAGGCUCUUCUACAGGUCAGGGAAAACACUAAAGAUCCUACAGUUAGGAUUGAAGCCCAGUCACUCGCGGAAGAAAUUGGUUCCUUCAGAUUUCAAAUCUGUCUUGUUGUCUGGUACAAUAUUCUUAGAAAAAUUAAUGUCACAAGCAAACUGCUUCAAUCUGCUACCAUGCAGCUGGAUGUUGCUGUAGAUCUCAUCCAUCAGACAAAAGCUUGUGAGGAAAUGAAUGUUCAAGCAUUGCUUAAGGAGAAGAGGCUAAGAACCAUGAAGAGAAACUUCAGUUAUGAAGCAGCUGAUGAGCCAGAGUCCAGUGCCCUAAAAAAAAUGGAAGUUUCAUUCUUCAAUGUUGUGGUGGAUUGUGCUACCCAAACACUGGAAGACCGUUUCAGCUCCAUGGGUAAGGGCUUCCUCACCCAGCCCGGGUGCCGUGUAGGAGAUCCGGAAGUGAAUCCUAGUGAGACUCUGGAUAAACAAUCCUCCGGGAAACCACUGGCAGACGACGGCCGUAGCUGCACUGGACGCCCACGGGAGCUAUCAGACGACAAGGAGGUACCGAGGCAACAGACAAGUCAGCGACAUAGCAGCGCAGGUGCUGGUGAUUUCAGCAUCAUGGCCAAGCGACAUGGACAGCUUGACCUGAGGGACUUCGGCUUUAAGAGGGCAAGAAGUAGCACUGAAGUUGCUGAUGGAUGGAUUGUUUUAUUGGACCCUCCUGAAACCACACAGUCUGUCACAGUUGAUGACAAUGAAGAAACCACUUCUGCUGUGACAAAAAUGGAAAAUGCUGGGAGUCCCAUAGAGUUGCCUGCAAAGGAACUGUAUAAGGUCCAUCUUCAAAGGCAAACAAGAAAAAGUGACAUGGAGAUGGAUCUUAUACAGCUUCAAAUAGAGGAGAAAAGGUUGGCCAUUAAAAAGGCCAAACUGGAAAUCGAAAUACUGGAGCAUCGUGUUAAGGACUUCGACCAGGCACCAACGAGUCUGGUCCAACUGCCCUAUCUAAACACUUCCAUCACUGACCAGGACAGAUUCCAGUACUGCCCCCCUGGACUUCAAAAGAGGUUCGUGGGGGAGGACAGGGUUGUUCACCAAAGGGGAAAACACACCGUUUGUGUAGGAGAAGAAAAAGAUUCUUCUUCAGAGGACCAAGCUCAGGCACAAAUCCAACAACAGCCUGUACAGAAAGAUCCGCCUUUGCAAAGGGGUCAUUUCAAAUGCACGAAAUGCAGAAUUGGCUUUUCCACCACAUCAAAUUUGAUGAGACACGAGAAGAUGCAACACAGCAUGGAGCAACCUAUGCUUUGCAUUGAUCCAAAAAAUGCUAUGUAGAUCACACCAAAGGAGCUACAUGGUCCCAGACUACCAGUUCAUGUAAUUAAAUCAGUCCUCUCAGGUAAAAUCUGUUGUGAACCGGAAAUAUGCAGAGACAUGGCAAGGAUAGCAGCCCGAAGUGGAAACCCUGGAUCUGAAUGCAACCAUCUUAAAAGAACUUCAUCGGCACAAUGCUACGUUCCUCCACCACCAUUAAACUCGGCUGAUUUGGACAAAAUGUUCAACAAAGGACUAAUUUCCAAGUCAAGGCUCCAGGAAUGUAAGGACAUGCAUUUGACGGCCAGUGAAGAGGGAGUUGAUUGUGUCUUCCUUAUUUUGGGGGGGGGGGAAUAUGGCCUCUCAGAGACAUACAUUUUUUUCUCUGUGUUCACCAACCUCACAGACAAUUGGUGUAGACUAGGAAGAACGAUAGUGACAUUUGACAAAACAUCUGGUAAAUGGCACUGUCAGUGUAGGGGCACCAAAAACACACUGAGUUGUGUUCACAGAUACCUUUGCAUGUGGUGGAUAUUCCAGGAGCGCCCAGAAUUACUGCAAAAAGAUGUAACUCCAGAAGAAAUAGAGGACCUCGAGGAGCAUGCACAAGAGAUUAUUGGUGAGACACAACCAACAAAUGAAAGCUCAUCAGGAGUUUUUAAAAUGACAGAGUACUUUCUGAAGUGCAAAAGAAUUCCUGAAAAUCUCCCACAAGAUUUGAUUACCACUGAGAUGCCUAUCCCUGAAAGCUUUGUGCCUGAAGAGACACAGUGCCCUUACUGUCCUGGACCAUGCCCCCCUAACCUUGUGAAUCUAAUGAAACGACCAGAUCUGACAAACACUACUUCCCAGGACACACAGGUGAAUGUUACAGAUAGAUGGGAAAAUCUUGAGAAGGAGAUAAUCGCUACAGGAUUCAGUAAUGAGUCAUCCAGCAAACCCUUUUCUAGCUCUCUGACCUAUUCUGCCUUCACACCAUGGAUUGGACAGUAUUCCAGAAUAUCCGAUGUCAUACCAAAGACUGAGAUAUUGAAAGGCCUCUCACAGAAGGACAGACUGUGGACCAAGAGGGCCAGUGAGGAAGUAGAUGAAGACAGUAUAUUGCAAAUACUGGAUACCAAAGGGCCUCGAAAAGAAGAUCUUGAAAAGGCCUGCAAUGCUCUAGGUGUUUCAUCAAGUGGCUCACAGUCUGACCUCCUUAAUAGGCUUGAGGAACUUCUUCUGUAUAAGGAUAUAUAUCCUAAAAUGUUUGUCAAGCUUCAUAAAGCAGGAGAGAGGCCUUUCCAGAACACUGGUCACUGGAAGGAUGGACUGUUUGCUAUCCACAACAAUGGAUGCAGCGAGACGGCAGCAGAAAUGGAAGCAAAAAAUAUGAAAAUGUCCUCAGAAGUGCUGCAGCCUCGUCAACUCGUGCACCUUCGUGUUCAUCAUGCCACAAGCAUGUUAACAGAUGUGGCAAUAGAGGUGGGGUACUGCAUCUUGGUUGCACCCAUGGGGUGGUGUAUUACCAUUCACCCCUGUGGUGGCAGGAAUCUGCUCGAGACCACGGGGAUGCUCUCCUAA